AUGGCCUUCGUUGUGGACAAUCAUAUAAGUAUGCCAGUGAAGAUAGGAUCGGAAAAGCCUCCACUUCCUGGAAUAAACCCUGUGCUUGUUCCACCUUGCUCAGCUGCGGAUGUGACACCGGGGGUGUGUAGAGCCAACCAGGUACACCAUACCAAUGAAACUACCUAUGCCAGAAUGCUUAGGGAAGAAGCCCAAAUGGCCAUGCGUUUCAGUAUCACGGUUGGUGCGGCUAAUUGGGCACUGCUGGCCGGCUAUCUAAUCAUUCCCGGCACGUUCACUUCAUUGCAGACCUCAAACCAGAUUGAAAAGACAUUACAAAACAACAGCGCCGGCCGUGCAGUUCUACAUAUGAUCCAGAACCCCCCAUUACUCGCUAUUGCGUGCUUGCUUUUUGUUAGUGGAAUUGCGGCUCUCAUGUGGCUGAUGCAUUUCCCAAAGCUCAGGGGAAACUACCCCUGGCUGAUCAACAAAGUGUUUGUACCCCUAUGCCUACAUGCUGCUGCCGGGCUGCUGACCACUGUCAUCAAUGUCUGUACGUCUCAAGGUGGGGAUUGGUCGGUAAUGGCUAUUAUUACAACUGUUGUUACUGGAGCAACUCUUCUAAUCUGUUCAGCACUUCUUGCGCUUUACAAUUUUUUCAAGCUAGAGCGGAUCAGAAAAGAAGAUGAGGAUAUUCGGCGUUCUCGAGCCUCCAUAGCUCCUGAUACGUGA